ACCCUGCUGUAUUUCGCACGCCUGUUGCUUUCCUUCUUUCGUCUGAAACUUUUAUAAAAUAUUCUCCGGGCUGGAGAACAAAAACCCUUAGAAAAAUAGGUGGCACAGAAACGUGCUGCGAAAGUGUAAAUAAUGGACUCCAAAUACUUUGCAACCAGCAGAAACGAUGCUGGAGGUCCAUCGCCUGUGAAGUUCUCCUUCAAGCGGACGUACGAGGCCAUGGUGAACAGUUCAAUACUGGAGAAGAAACCCCAUGUCGCCCAAGUCAAGCAGACAAUAGCUCCCAUUCUGCUGACCAGCAAAAGAACCUCCAUUGAACAGCAGCAAAAAUCACUGCCCGUCUUCAAUUGCCGCCAGCGAAUCCUCAAGGAACUGGAAGUGAACGACACCGUGCUGAUCAUGAGCGAGACGGGCUCGGGCAAGACCACACAGAUACCGCAGUUCCUGCUGCUGGCUGGUUACGCCAAGAACGGCAUGAUCGGAAUCACCCAGCCGCGCAGAGUGGCGGCCAUAACAGUGGCACGUCGCGUGGCCCAGGAGUUGAACGGAAGUAUUGGCGACACGGUGGGCUAUACGGUGCGUUUCGAGGAUGCCACCUCAAGGGCCACAAAGAUUCGAUUUCUUACCGACGGCGUUUUGCUGCGAGAGUCCAUUAAGGAUCGACUACUGCUCAAAUAUUCUGUGAUUAUUCUGGACGAGGCUCACGAGCGAACCGUGAACGCAGACCUUCUAUUCGGGAUUGUCAAGGAUGCUCAGAAGGAGAGGCGUAAGCAAAAGUUGGGCAACCUAAAGGUAGUGGUUACGUCUGCCACGAUGGAUAUCGAUCACUUCGGAAAUUACUUCAAUUGCAAGGGCAUGUACCUUGAGGGCAGAACGUAUCCGGUCCGUGUGAUGCACACCAAGGAGGAACACGAAGAUUACGUCCACAGCGUGCUCGUUACCCUCUUUCACAUACACCGCACCACGCCAAAAAACCACGACGUGUUGAUAUUCCUAACCGGGCAAGAGGAAAUCGAGUCAUUGGCCCAACAAAUACGCCAGCUUGCCAAGAUUGACACGACUGGAACAACAGAUCUCCGCGUAUUCACGUUGUACGCUCAACUAUCGCAGGGCAAGCAAUUGGAGUGUUUUGUGCCGACACCGGCCAACGUACGCAAAGUAAUCUUGGCCACAAACAUAGCAGAAACGUCGAUCACCAUACCGGGCAUCCGUUGUGUGAUUGACUGUGGCUUUGUGAAGGAGAAAUCGUUCAAUACCGCCGACGGACUGGAUGUCUUGAAGUCAGUUCGGAUAUCCAAGGCGCAAGCCUGGCAGAGAGCUGGACGAGCAGGCCGAGAUGCGGAUGGAACCUGCUACAGGGCGUACACAAAAGCUGAAAUGGACUCCUUUGCAGAUGCAACUCAGCCAGAAAUCCUGAGAACGAACCCAACGUCAAUGGUGCUGCAGCUCCUCGCCUUGGACAUCGAUUGCAACAAUUUCGACUUCCUAGACCCGCCACUUGAAGAUGGACUGCGCAGUGCGUAUAAGAGCCUCGAUGCCCUGGGAGCUAUUAAGACUGGAGAUGUCUCAUACAUUACACCGCUGGGUCGGCAAAUGGUGCAGUAUCCCUUGGAUCCCAAGUACUCAAAGCUGCUGCUAACUGCUUCAUCGUUCGGCUGCAUGGAGGAGAUCCUGAGCCUCGUGUCCGUUCUCUCAAGCGAUCACGUCUUCGUCUCGAAUAGCGAAAAGAACGAAAUGGCUGCUCUAGCUCACGCCAAGUUUCAGUCCAAGCAUGGUGACCAUUUGACGCUGCUGAAUGUGUUCAAUGCUUUCUUGAAAAGCGAAAAGCCAAAGAUGUGGUGUCAUGACAACUAUUUAAAUUUGCGUAGCCUAACCUAUGCCCGAAAUGUUCGUCGACAAUUGAGGGAAAUAAGCGAGCACUUGCAUUUGGCCCUAAAUAGCUCGGAUGACAUUGAAAUGUUGAAGAAAUGCAUAUUAAAUGGAUUCUUUGAAAAUAUUGCCGUUCUGCAACGCGAUGGCUUCUACAUAACCGCUUCCGGCAACAUCAGGUCCAAAAUCCAUCCGUCGAGCGUUCUGCACGGGAAGUACAAGCCGAGCUACAUACUCUUCACCGAAAUUGUGCAGACGGAGCAAACGUUUCUUCGCCAAGUCACGGAAAUAUCCAUCGAAUGGAUCAAGGAGGUUGUGCCGUUUGUUAAAAACAUACCAACAAGAUGAAAUAAAGUACAAAUCUGUUUAAAGAA